CUAGCAGGAUAGGCAGUGUGUUCCCGCUGCUUGUCGGGUGAAGACGUUGGAACAUCCUCUCUGGAAGCCACAACAGAGUCUGGCUCGCGUCAUCCCCGUAACCUUGAGCGGAACUGCUGGAUUCUCCCAUGACUGACAGUAGAGUUUAGUGCUUAUUGUAUCCCAAGGGUCAUCAAGGGGUGGGAACAUGCUGGAAAGGGCUUGCGUCGUGGUCCUGGUGGCCGGCCUGGCAGCAGCUCAGGUCGUCUUCCCGAAGGAUGAGGCCGGCGCAGCCUCCUCGGACGGGCCGGGAGAAAAGUCCUUGCCAAUCUUCUUUCCCAGGGAGGCUAAGCAGCCUGAGGUCCCCUGCACCACCUACGAGGGAAAGCAAGGCUCUUGUCGGCUGCUCCUCAAGUGCGCAACCUUCUACGCCGAGAUUGCCCAGCUCUCGCGCUCCCCCUGCACCAUCAACGAGCAUCAGCAGGGCGUGUGCUGCCCCGCGACCGAGGCGCCUGUCACUGAUGUUGGUGGGCUCAUCAGCAAACAGCCAGUACCCCAAGCAGCCGUCCAGGUGCCCGACAUUAAAUUUACGGAGAUUAACAACGCCUGCGAAAUGGGAAUACAGGCAGUGGACCAACAGGAUCAAUUUGAGGCCUUCUUGGUCCAGAACAAGGUUGUGGCUAAGAAGGGUUCGUCCAUGGCCCAGCACGGCAUGCUCUUCCAGACCACCGAGGAGGUCGUCAAGAAGGGCAAGGACGCUUCCAAGAACAUCGCUGCGUCUGUUAUCCUCAUGAAGCAAUUCAAACUCAGCAAGGAGCAGGGAGGGUUUGCACUUCCUCAGUUCGGCAUCCAGAACACUGUGAUUCAAGACACGUGCCCCGAGGAGCCAAUCUGCCCCGACACCAAGUACCGCGUCAUGAAUGCCACCUGCAACAACCGCCGCAACAAGAGCUGGGGACAGGCUGAGACCGCCUUCCAGCGCAUCCUGCCGCCGGCCUACGAUGACGGCUUGAACGCACCCCGCUCCAAAACCAAGUCUGGGAACCCAUUGCCCUCGCCGCGCGCCAUCUCCUCCGAGGUGAUCAUCGACCGGGACAACCUCUACGAUAACUUUACCCUACUUAUCAUGCAAUGGGGACAGUUCCUGGACCAUGACAUUACUCACACGCCGCUCACCAAGGUUAUCAACAACUCCACGGGGGAGAUGGAGGAUAUCACGUGCUGCAACAGGGGCGCCUUCCGCGACGCCUCCACCCUCCACCAGGCCUGCAUGCCCAUCGAUAUUCCUGAAACGGACGCCUUCUACAGCAAGCACAACCAGCGGUGCAUGGACUUCGCGAGGUCCUUGCCGGCCCCACGUCCGGCCUGUAACCUCGGCGCUCGGGAGCAGAUGAACCAAAUCACGGCCUUCCUCGAUGCCAGCAACGUCUAUGGGUCCUCUGUCAAGGAGUCGAACGAGCUGAGGGCCUUCUCUGGCGGCCUCUUGAAGGAGAACAAUGCCCAGCAGCACCUCCUGCCGCCUGACUCCAGUAGCUGCCAGGAUGCCACCAAGACCAUGCACUGCUUCAAGGCGGGUGACUCCCGGGUGAACGAGCAGCCACAACUUGCCGUCAUGCACACGCUGUGGAUGAGGCAGCACAACCGCCUGGCCCGGGAGCUGUCAGCCAUCAACCCCGGCUGGACCGACGAGAUUCUCUUCCAGGAGGCGAGGCGCAUCGUGGCCGCCCAGAUGCAGCACAUCACCUACAACGAAUACCUGCCCAUCGUCCUCGGUAGCAAAUUUAUGGUGGCAUUCGGUCUGGUGCCCCGCGAGUCUGGCUAUGCUCCAGGCUACCGAGAGGACAUUGACCCAAGUAUCAACAACGUCUUCGCCACGGCUGCUUUCAGAUAUGGCCACACCCUCAUCUCAGGCUCCAUGAAAUCGUUCAGCAAGUUUGGCACCUUGGAGCAAGACCUCAAGCUGAGUGAGAACCAGUUUUCGCCAUUCGCUCUUUACCGGCCCGGAGGUUUUGAUGCCCUCUUGCGGGGGGUGACCAAGCAGCCAAGCCAGAAGUUUGACCACUUCUUCAGCGAGCAGCUGACCAACCACUUGUUCCCUGCAAAAAUGCCAGAUGGUGGCUUCAGCCCCUUCGGCAUGGACUUGGUGGCCCUGAACAUCCAGCGAGGCAGAGACCACGGCUUGCCAGACUACAACCAGUGGCGCAAGAUCUGUGGCUUACCCUUGGCGACUACCUUCCAAGACCUUACAGAUGUUAUUGAUCUUGAUGUUAUCCAGCACCUGCAGGCACUCUACGAGGACGUGAAUGACAUCGACAUUUUCAUCGGUGGUAUCUCGGAAAGGCCAAUGGAAGGCUCCCUCCUCGGCCACACCUUCCUGUGCAUCGUUGGGGACCAGUUUGCGCGCCUCAGGCUUGGUGACCGCUUCUUCUAUGAAAACGGCGGCCUGGAGUCUUCGUUCAGGGAGGAGCAGCUGGAUGAGAUUCGCCGCACCAGUCUCGCCAGGAUCAUGUGUGACAACUCAGACGUGGAGAUGAUGCAGCCUCUCGUCUUCAUCCGAGCCCACCUUUUGAACAAGCGAGUCCCCUGUGCGUCCGACAAGGAUAUCCCCAAGGUGUCGCUGCAGCCCUGGCGGAACGAACCAGUGUGGGCCUAGGGCUGUGAGUGUGUCGCUGCGCCCAUGUAAUAAGCCUCCCCACCACCACCACCACCAUCAACCCUGCCACUAUACCGCCAUAUUCUUCCAUCACCAUUCGUUCUACCAUAAGGAAAGCUGCUAUGAGAUGAACAACAUAUGAGGGAUGGACAUAAGAAAAUAAGUGAAGUGAUAACAGGGAAAGCUGCUGCAAGAUGAACAAUAUAUGAGGAAGGACGCACAGAAAUAUAAAUGAAAUAAUGAUUGAAGAAAAAUACUUAUUGUUGAAAAAGAGGUUUGGAUACGGAGGAAUCAAUAGUGUUACGCUAGAAAUUAAGAAAACUUUCAUGAUACAUAAAUGAAAAGAGAUUUGAAGGAAGAACAUACAGAAAAAGAGGUGUGGAUACGGAGGAAUUAAUAGUGUUAGGCUAGAAAUGAAGAAAAUUUUUAUAAUACACAGCUGAUAAGAGAUUCUGAGGAAGGACAUACAAAAAAAAUAAAUGAAAUAUUGAUGGAAGAAAAAUACUUAUGGUUGAAAAAUAGAUUUGGAUAUGGAGAAAUCAGUAAAGUUAUGCUAGAAACAAUAAUGAAGAAGAUAAAAUAGCACAUAGUUGAAAAAGAGCUCUGGAAAUGGAAUAAACUGAUCAAAAAUACACGGUUGAAAAAUAGCUUAGGAAAUGGAGGAAUCAAUAGUGUUAUGGUAGAGAUAAAGAAAGAAAUAAGAUACAUAGUUAAAAAAUAGCUUAGGAAAUGGAGAAAUAAGUAAAGUUAUGCUGGAAGUAAUGGAAAAAAAAAAAAAAAGAAUCUUCAUAGGGUAGGCAAUGGCUGAGUGGUUAGCGUGCGGGCCCCACAUUCACUGUGUGCUGGAUGACGUGAGUUCGAAUCUGCACGUUACCACCUGGGAUUUUUCAGUCACCACCGAGUGGCCUAAGACUACCCACAUGCUGUCCUGAAGACCACCGAUCAACCCGAACUCUAGAAGAAACUGUCCAAGUGAAUCAAGAAUGAGUUCCGGGGGGCAGCAUGUGCCAAGCAUAAAUGACGCCACUAUAAACAUUGCCUGCACCAUGACGGGCUUGGGCAGACCACCAUCCAGGCCCCUGAAGAAAGCCGACUGGUACUAUUGGCAAACAUGUAAAAAAAAAAAAAAAAAAAAAAAAAAAAAAUCAUCAUAUCACGUUUCCUUUUCUUUCUUCAUCCUCCUUAAUAAUUCUUCAUCCUUCCUCUAUUUUUUUCUAUCUAUCCUGUUAUUUUUUUUUAUUCUGUCAAAGUUACCAGCAUUACUACUGUGUGAAUUAUACCUUUGCUACCACCACCACAACCACCAGCAACCACAACCAAUCAACCACCACCAGCUCUCAGAAAGUAUAUAAGUAUAUAUAUGUAAUAGUCACACUUGGUCACUUAUAGUACACCAGUUAUUUUUUCUUCCUCUGCUACCACACAACCAGCAACCGACAACCACAACCAAUCAACCCCCACCAGCUAUCAGAAAGCAUAUAUUUGUAACAGCCACACUUGGUCACAUACAGCAUAUUAAUUUUUUUCUCUUCCUUGGUGUUAUAUCUCUGCUACCACCACCACACAACCACACUGAUAACCACAACCAAUAAUCAACCACCACCAGCUAUCAGAAAGUAUAUAUAUGUAACAAUCACACUGGGUCACACUUUAUUUUAUUUUUCUUGCAGCUAUAUAAUUGAUGGACAGUCUGAUCAAUAAAAAUGCAAUGACUAAAUCACUAAAUAUGCAAAAAUCAACCAAAAAUGAUUAUAAUGACUGACUUAUUUUAUUUAUUUGUGUUAUUUUCCUGUUUUCUUUGCUGUUAAACAUACAACUUGCAAGACAGACAGACAGGCUGAUCUGAUAUUAAGCAUCCAACCGCUUAUCGAGAAAAAAAAAAUUAUAAUUGAUUUUUGUUGAAUAUUGAUAAUCUCUUGUAGUGUAAUUUUAGCCGAUUUUUGUUUUUAAUGGUAUGGCAUUUGUGUAAUUCACGUAAUUUGAUAUUGCAUUCAUGUGUUUGAUGUAGAGUCUUAUGUAAGCGUCGAAAUCCUAUAUGUCAUAAAUGUUCCAUCUGAA